AUGGGCUCGACACACUUUGGCAAUUUCAACGACUUCUGUCGUGAUUCCACCUUACCAGUCUGCAAUCUUUUUGUCGACAACAACCAGCCCCCUAAUGCUGCCUACGGCGGCUGUGCCCUCACCGGAAUUGGCCUGCGCGGCGACCGAAACCUUGCAAAUCUUGGCUCUAUUUUGCUUGCAUUUAUCAGUAUCUUGGUGUCGUUGGUUCUGAUAUGGCGAUCAGACCGCAAACAAGCGGCCGUGGGCCGAAGGGAGAUCCAAUUAUUCCUGCUAGGCUUCAUUAUAAUUGAGAUUUGUGAAAUCUUCUCCGUUGGCGGUAUUCCUCUCAAAGAUGAUGUUCGAAAGGGCUUUUCGGCCGUUCACAUUGCUGCGAUCACUGCAACUUGCUGGAUUCUGUUCCUGAAUGCGUUGGUUGGCUUCCAAUUUCUAGACGACGGCACUCCUGCUUCACUCGGUCUGUUCACUAUUUCUGGUUUGGUAUUCUUCGUCGGCACGGGGUACAUUGCGCUGGACACAGCAUUCGACUGGACCGGAGAGUUCGAGACAACUGCUCCCGAUCACUAUCGGAAUAUUGCGCUCUAUGUGCUAUAUCAGCUCUUCCCCCUCGUCUGUUUGGUUGCUUUUUACCUUCUCGAGACCUUCCUGGUUAUUCGAGUUUUGGGUGAACUACGACCAAUGCUGUACCUGACUGCUGCGGGAAUUCUUUUUGCCAUCGGCCAAAUAUUCAACUACGUCAUUAGCACUCAUCUCUGCCACGCGACAGACGGCAAGAUCAACGGCGCCCUAUUUGAGACCUUCUUUACGCUCGUCGCGGUUGUUAUGAUUUGGGUCUUCUGGAGCAGUAUCACAGAAGACGACUGGCCCAUUCCAAUGUCCCAGUCUAUGCCGGGAUACAACUAA